AUGGGUUUCUCUUUGUUCUCAAAACCAACAACACCUUGUAUAGUUUUGUUCUUGUUCCUACUCUCUUGCACUUGUUUCACUUCAACAGAUGCUUAUGAUCCACUUGACCCAAAUGGGAAUAUCACCAUCAAAUGGGAUAUUAUAAAUUGGACACCAGAUGGUUAUGUUGCCGUUGUUACGAUGAACAACUUCCAACAAUAUCGUCACAUCGCCGCGCCUGGCUGGUCACUAGGAUGGACAUGGGCCAGAAAGGAGGUAAUCUGGGCCAUGGUGGGAUCGCAGACCACCGAACAAGGUGAUUGUUCAAAAUUCAAAGGAAACGUACCACAUUGCUGUAAAAAGGAUCCAACCGUCGUUGAUCUACUUCCCGGAACACCUUACAAUCAGCAAAUCGCGAAUUGCUGCAGAGGUGGGGUGCUUAGUUCAUAUGCUCAGGAUCCUACCAACGCAGUUGCGUCGUUUCAAGUGAGUGUCGGUAGAGCUGGAACAACGAAUAAAACCGUUAAAGUCCCAAAAAACUUCACUCUGAAAGCACCCGGACCGGGUUAUACUUGUGGCCCGGCAAAAGUCGUUAGACCUACUCAGUUUAUUCAACCCGACAAAAGAAGAACGACCCAAGCACUCAUGACAUGGAAUGUUACAUGCACAUAUUCGCAAUUUCUAGCUCAGAAAACUCCCACUUGCUGUGUAUCGCUCUCGUCUUUCUAUAACGAAACCAUCGUACCGUGCCCAACAUGUGCAUGUGGCUGCCAGACUAAUGCGUCUCAGUCGGGGAGCUGUGUAAAUCCAAAUACGCCGCAUUUGGCAUCGGUUGUUUCUGGUAACGGAAAGAAUAAUUUAUCGCCUUUGGUUCAAUGUACUAGUCAUAUGUGUCCGAUCCGAAUCCACUGGCAUGUUAAAGUUAACUACAAGGAGUACUGGCGAGUGAAAGUUACUAUUACGAAUUUUAAUUACCGUAUGAAUUAUUCCGAUUGGAACUUGGUUGUUCAACAUCCGAACUUCGAAAAUAUUACUCAGCUGUUCAGUUUCAACUACAAGUCAUUAAAUCCUUAUGGUUCAAUAAAUGAUACAGCAAUGCUUUGGGGAGUUAAGUUCUAUAAUGAUUUUCUUAAUCAAGCCGGCCCUAGUGGCAAUGUUCAAUCGGAGUUACUCUUCCGAAAGGAUAAAUCGACUUUCACUUUCGACAAGGGUUGGGCUUUCCCUCACAGAAUCUACUUCAACGGCGACAACUGUGUGAUGCCAUCACCCGAUGCUUAUCCAUGGUUACCGAAUGCUGGUUCUCGACAAGAGGUUUCGAUGUUUGCUUUAUUGAUGACCUCCUUAGUAGUCCUUGUAUUUUACACAUACAUUUAA